AAACAAGAACACACGAGACUCGAGCACUUCUUGACUCGAGCCAGCUGGGCUGGAGCUGCUGAGCUGAAAUUUUCAUUUCAGUUAAUAAUUUUAGUGCUGCAUUAUUAUUGCAGUACAAGGACAGAUGUUUUUUUUUAUUCUAACUCUUUGCUUUUCAUAAAAAAAUCGGUAACAUUUUCUCUCCAUAAAUCGAUUUUUUCACACAAAAAAUGACGUGACUUUUUGCCAAAGUUUGUCAGCCGCCUUUAAAACACAAACUUUCACGAUAAUAAAUUAAAAGCAAAAAUUAUUCAAUACACAUCAAAACUAAAAUGAAUGCUAAAGAAUAUAAUGUUUUGGAGCUCUUCAGUGGAAUUGGUGGAAUGCAUUUGGCUCUAAAAGAGCUUGGAAUAAAUUACAAAAUUGUUGCUGCCAUGGAAAUCAAUGAUAUGGCCAACAGGAUUUACCGACAUAAUUUCCCCUCCACAAAUUUGAUGCAGAAAAAUAUCGAGGGCAUCACCGUGAAGCAAAUUCAGAAGCUUGACCCUAAUAUGAUUUUAAUGAGCCCACCUUGUCAGCCCUUUACCCGAGCUGGGCUAAAACAGGAUGUUGAGGACAAACGGUGCAUGCCUCUUUUGCACUUGCUGAAACUUCUUCCGGAACUAACAAGUGUGCAGUAUAUUUUGCUUGAAAACGUGGUUGGAUUUGAAAAAUCGGAGGCUCGGGAUCAGCUUGUUGAAACUUUGAGAAGUGCUGGUUUUAAAGUACAAGAAUAUCACUUGUGUCCGUCACAGUUUAAUAUUCCUAACAAGAGGCCACGUUACUAUUUGUUAGCAAAAAGACCUGGUGAGGCAGCUGAUUUCCUCCAAACUGGGCUUCAAUCGCAAUUCCCUGUUGAUGUCUUGAAAGAUGGAGACUUACUGAGCCAAGUUCAUAAAAAGGUGCUUGAAAAAACUGAGGAUGCUGGAAAAUGUUUCAAAAUUAAAGAAAUAUUGGAAGAAAACCCUACAUCAAAUAAUUACCUAACUUUUAAGCACCUCAAAUUUUUUAUGGAGUUUGAUCUGGUUGGGAAAGAAUCUCGACUCUCAGGAUGUUUCACAAAGUCCUACAAGAGGUACUUUCUCGGGACAGGAUCUAUAUUUCUUGAGAAAUUUGAUGGACUUUCAGAAAUCGAUACUUCCCAGCCAGAUUAUCACACGACUUUGACCGAUAAAUUGGCACCUAGGUUUUUUACCACAAGAGAAAUUCUGAGACUAAUGUGUUUUCCCGAGUGGUACAAAAUGCCUAGUGAAGUGACUGAAAAACAAGCUGCUGCUGUUUUAGGCAACAGUAUUAAUGUUCACGUUGUUGCACUGUUGAUUGGACUUUUGAUAAAUUGAUUUUUCAAUCGGGGGCCAAUUUGCAAAGAGGGAGAAUCAAUUUCGUAAAAACCAAUUUUUUUAUUCGUACAAAAAUAAAAACUACUUCUA